UAGAAAUCUAUCAAAUGUUUGCUACCACAAAACUUCCUACAUCACUAUAACAAUAAUAUUCCUUACACUGUUUGGCUGCCCCCACUAAUACCCAAAUGGAGUUUACGAGAAAGAAUCGACAGCUUCUGUCUAGGAUAGCCACUAACGACCGACAUGGAGAGAAUUCACCUUAUUUUGAUGGGUGGAAAGCCUACGACAGCAACCCUUUUCACCCUAUUCACAAUCCUGAUGGUGUCAUCCAAAUGGGGCUUGCCGAGAAUCCGCUUUGCUUUGAUUUGAUUGAAAAGUGGAUCCGGGAAAACCCUGAUGCUUCCAUCUGCACCGCUGAAGGACUCGAUAAGUUCAAAGAUAUAGCCAUUUAUCAGGAUUAUCACGGCCUCAGGGAGUUCAGAGAGGCUGUAGCCAAGUUUAUGGGAAGAGUAGGCGGAAACAGGGUCACAUUUGAUCCGAACCGUAUAGUUAUGAGCGGCGGAGCCACCGGAGCAAACGAGACCGCCAUGUUUUGCUUGGCCGACCCUGGCGACGCUUUUCUUGUGCCUUCACCUUAUUAUGCAGGAUUUGCCCGGGAUCUAAGGUGGCGUACUGGGGUGGAAAUAGUUCCUGUUCACUGCAAAAGCUCAAACAAUUUUCGCAUAACAAGAGCUGCCCUGGAAGAAGCCUAUGAAAAAGCUCAGAGAUCGAAUAUCAAUAUCAAAGGCGUCAUCAUAACCAACCCUUCGAACCCUUUAGGCACGGUCCUCGACAAAGAGACGCUGAGAAGCUUAGUGAGCUUCGUCACCGACAAGAAAAUCCACCUCGUUUCCGAUGAAAUCUAUGCAGCCACAGUCUUCAGCUCUCCCAGAUUCAUUAGCGUCGCCGAGGUCAUGCAGGACAUGGACUGCAACCGUGAUUUGAUUCACAUUGUUUACAGCUUAUCCAAGGACAUGGGGUUCCCUGGUUUCCGGGUCGGCAUUGUUUACUCCUUCAACGAUGAUGUUACGAAUUGUGCCCGAAAGAUGUCGAGUUUCGGGCUGGUUUCCUCUCAGACACAAUUUUUACUGGCUUCGAUGCUGUCUGAUGAUGAAUUUGUGGGGAACUUCUUAAGGGAGAGUUCAAAGAGGUUAGCCAAAAGACACCAUGUUUUCACAAAGGGACUGGAAGAAGUCGGGAUUUCCACUAUAAAAAGCAAUGCCGGCUUGUUUUUCUGGAUGGACAUGCGACCACUCCUUAAAGAACAAACUACCAAGGCCGAAACAGAACUGUGGCGUGUGAUUAUCAAUAAAGUGAAACUCAAUGUCUCCCCAGGCUCUUCUUUCCUCUGCUCGGAACCUGGCUGGUUCAGGGUCUGCUUUGCAAACAUGGACGACAAAACUGUUGAAGUAGCACUUGACAGAAUCCGAGAAUUCGUUCUUCAAGGCAAGGAGGAAAACAAUCAUGAAGCAGACAAGUCUCAAGCUCGGGCUCAGCGUUGGCGAAAGCAAAAUCUACGCCUCAGCUUCUCUUCGUCUAGGUUAUACGACGAGAGUCUCAUGUCUCCGCACAUGAUUUCCCCUCACUCCCCAAUUCCUCACUCGCCCCUCGUUCGAGCCAGGACUUAAAAAGAAAAAAAACCCAAUAUUCAUAACCUACGUAACGUGGCAUGGCAUGGCAUGCAUGCCUAGUAAUGGUUUUUUUUUUUACUUCACCUUUUAACUAGUGAUCCUAAUUCAAUUUUAGGAGAUUGGUAGGGCUCAGAUUGGUUGAAGCGUGUUCAUUUGAAACAUAGUGAAUACUAUUCUUUCUUUCUCUUCAUUUUUUCCCACAUUAAAGCCUAUGCUAUUAAUUAUUGUUUUUGUGGGAGAUCACUAUGUACUGUACUGCUAGUCUUAAUUUGUACCUGUUUGAUUAUUUCAAUAAUAAUGAUAAAAUAAGUGCCUUGAACUUCUAA